CUUGCACAAACUAACCUGACCUCUUUCCCAUGGAUUCUUCACUUUCAUGGUGGCGAUGGCAUGGUCGGGUAUAUAAGCGUCACCUCACGGGGAGGUGCCAGUUCCACUCUGAGCUCUCUCACGUCAACAUGAUCUUGAAAGUGGUAUUGUGCGCCAUGGUGACUGUUGUAGGAAGUGCAGAACUCCCGUCAGCGUUGUAUGGGACACCAAGCAGAGGAUCCGGAGGUGUAGGGGUGCCUGGAAGUGUAGGAGGGGUGCCUGGAGGUGUAGGAGGGGUGCCUGGAGGUGUAGGAGGGGUGCCUGGAGGUGUAGGAGGGGUGCCUGGAGGUGUAGGGGGGUUGCCUGGAGGUGGCUUUGGUGGUUCAGCAGUUGGUGGUUUUGGCGGAUCAACAGGCUUUGAAAGUUCAUCUGGUGGAGGCCACGGAGGUUCAGCUAGUGGCGGCAUCGGAGGUUCAGUCGGAUCAGCUGGCGGAGGUUUCGGAGGUUCAGUCGGUGGAGGCUUUGGUGGAGCUGGUAGUGGAAGCUCUCCUAGUGGAAGUUACAGCCCUUCAGGUCCUGUAGUCCCCAUCUUAAUUGAUGAGCGUCAGGGACCUGACCAGGCCGGCAACUAUAACUUCAAUUUUGAGACUGGUGAUGGCAUCAGUCGUCAAGAGCAGGGCGCCCCCCAGGGCCCAACCGGCGCUGUAGCAGCUCAGGGAGGAUGGUCAUUUACUUUCCCCGAUGGAACUCCUGCUGUUUUCAAGUUCGUAGCAGAUGAAGGUGGUUACCGCGUGGAAUCUGACCUGCUGCCCACGCCCCAUCCUCUUCCCGCCCACGCUAUCGCCCAGAUCGAGAAGGCUCGUCAGGAAGACGCUGCUGCAGCUGCUGCAGAUGGACGUGGAUCAUACGAUGCUUCAGGUUCUGCGUCUCAGUUUACUGGAGCACCUUCUGGAGGCUUCGGUGGUUCACCUGCUGGUGGCUUUGGUGGUUCACCUGCUGGUGGCUUCGGUGGUUCACCUGCUGGUGGCUUCGGUGCUUCACCUGCUGGUGGCUUUGGUGCUUCACCUGCUGGUGGCUUCGGUGCUUCACCUGCUGGUGGCUUCGGUGCUUCACCUGCUGGUGGCCUCGGUGCUUCACCUGCUGGUGGCUUCGGUGCUUCACCUGCUGGUGGCUUCGGUGCUUCACCUGUGGUGGCUUUGGUGCUUCACUGCUGGUGGCUUCGCUUCGGUGCUUCACCUUCUGGUGGCUUCGGUGCUUCACCUGCUGGUGGCUUCGGUGCUUCACCUGCUGGUGGCUUCGGUGCUACACCUGCUGGUGGCUUCGGUGCUACACCUGCUGGUGUAUCUGAAGGUUCCAGUGGCCAAGAAUUGACUGCUGGAGCCUCUGUUGUAGCUCCCAGCAGGACCUACGGUGCCCCAUGA